AUGGAGGUUGCGGCUUCAGCCGCCCUGGUCUUCCUAUCUGCGAGUGUUGCUGCACAGAGUACGACUCCGGCACCGCCGACAACUUCGGCAGCGGCGCCUUCGAUCACUGCUGUCUCGGAUUGUCACACUCAUUCUACCGUGCAAUAUUGUGUCGCUGGUACAGCUGAGUACGAAAUCGUGGGGCCCACAGCAACAGAAGAGUUUGAGGCACAGUAUACUGAUUGCCAUUCGCAUGGCAGCAGCACGUACUGUGUCAACUCAGCAGGCGAGGAUGUCCAAAUCGUCGUCGAAGGUGCAGAGAGAACGGAAAGCGAGGGAGAACAUGCUCAUGAACAUGGAGGCGAAACAGAAGAGGGCGAUGCAAAUGAAGGAGUGCACUGUCACGAACAUGCCGGUAUUCCACACUGCACUGGCGGUAGUGAAUCAGAAGCAGCGCCUACCUGCCAACGGAUAGACCGCGAAUACAACAAGCCCCUCCGGCUCGGAUUGCUCUUCGUCAUCCUUGUGACCAGCGGUCUCGGAGCCUUUGCGCCUAUUAUCAUGACGCGAUUCACACGUAUGUCGCAGCGCAGUCUGAUUUUCGUGGCGGCGAAGCAGUUCGGUACUGGUGUCAUCAUUUCGACUGCCUUUGUGCAUCUCUUCACCCACGCCGACCUCAUGUUCAGCAACGAAUGCAUAGGCGAACUGCCCUACGAGGCAACCACAGCAUCCAUCUUUAUGGGAGGACUCUUCCUCUCCUUCCUCGUCGACUACAUCAGCAAGCGCUUCCUCCUCUGGCGUCAGAGCAAACGCGGCGGAGAACAAGACACAGAGGCCACCGCUGCUCCCACUGCCGACGCAAAAACCGCCAGCCCAGCUAACAGCGCCGUCAUCCCUGCCCACGGCCACAGCGAGCACGUAGAUCUACACGGCGACGCGGAUGCCAAAAUCAACGUGCUCGUGCUGGAAGCAGGUAUCAUCUUCCACUCGCUACUCAUCGGCAUAACCCUCGUCGUCUCCGGCGACGCCUUCUUCAUCACUCUGUUCGUCGUCAUCCUCUUCCACCAAAUGUUCGAAGGCCUCGCGCUCGGGACCUGCAUCGCCGGGAUUCCUCCACAGGCCGCCUCAACGCUGGUGAAAUUCCUCAUGGCGAGCAGCUUCACGCUCGUCACGCCCAUCGGCAUGGCCAUCGGCAUCGGCGUGCUCGACAGGUUCAACGGGAGCGACCCGUCGACGCUGAUUGCGAUUGGCACGCUGAACGCGCUGAGCGCGGGGAUCCUGGCGUGGGUCGGGAUCCAUGAGAUGCUCGCGAGGGAUUGGCUGCAUGGUGGGCUUGUGACUGCGGGUAUGCUGAGGACGGGUGUUGCUAUGUUUUUCUUGAUCGCCGGAAUGGUCGCGAUGUCGGUGCUUGGAAAAUGGGCAUAAUCUACACGGGAAAAGA